AUGUCGAUUUCUCCCGGCCACGUUGCCAUUGUCACGGGAGCCAAUACCGGUCUUGGUUUCGAAGCCGCCAAGCAGCUUCUCUCCAUGCGCCUGUCGCAUCUCGUCACAACCGUACGCUCCGCAGCGAGAGGCGAAGCCGCGGCCGAGGCGCCCCGCAAAGACUUUGUCACUGCCGACAUCACUGUCUGGAUGCUCGACAUGAGCUCCUAUGACUCCAUCCAGUCGUUUUCCCGACGCGCCAAGGAACAGCCUACCAGACUCGAUAUCGCCAUCCUCAACGCCGGCGUCAUGAAGCUCAAAUUCUAUACAAACCCCGACGGGGCACGAAGAUAUGGUCCAGACAGAAAACUGCAGGCCGGACGACGGACGUCUGGGCGUCUCACGACCAGCAACGCCUCGCUCGCUCUGCCUGCCAAGUUCCCCAACAAGAACAAAUUCCCCCUCCCGGCGUCCUUCGAUGCUGCCUCGCAGUUCGACCCACAGAAUACAGACGUGGUCGUCAACGUGGCCGACCCGGGCUUCGUCAGGAGCACCGAGCUCGAGCGCGAGCAGUCGGGCGCGAGGGCCGUGGCGGCGGGGGCCUCGACCUACGUCGACGCCGCCGUCUUCAAGGGCGAGGAGUCCCACGGCUGCUUCCUCAUGAGCUGGGUAGCCAAGCCGUUUGCUGCCGCCUGCUACACACCGGAGGGCAAAGAGGCGGCCAAUAGACCUCAAUUCAGCAUGGAGGGAAAAUCUAACAAGUCAUUCGUCCUCAACAAGGUCAAGGACGUCUCAUUCGAAGACCGGCCCGUCCCCAAGCUCACCUCCCCCAACGACGUCCUCGUCGCCAUCGCAUACACCGGCAUCUGCGGCUCAGACGUCCACUACUGGCAACACGGCGGCAUCGGCAAGUUCGCCCUGACCGAGCCCAUGGUCCUGGGCCACGAGUCCGCCGGCGUCAUCGCCCAGGUCGGCGACGCCGUCACCACCCUCAAGGUCGGCGACCGCGUCGCCGUCGAGCCGGGUUACCCGUGCCGCCGGUGCCCCAGCUGCCUGGCGGGCAAGUACAACCUCUGCCCCAAGAUGCAGUUCGCCGCCACGCCGCCCGUCCACGGCACCCUGACCGGCUUCUGGUCCGCCCCCGAGGACUUCUGCUACAAGCUGCCCGACAACAUGUCCCUGCAGGAGGGCGCGCUGAUCGAGCCCCUCGCCGUGGGCGUGCACAUCGCCCGCAUGGCGCAGCUGUACCCGGGCCAGUCGGUGGUGGUCAUGGGCGCCGGGCCCGUGGGCCUGCUCUGCGCGGCUGUCGCCAAGGCGUUCGGCGCCUCGACGGUGGUGAGCGUCGACAUCGUGCCGUCCAAGCUCGAGUUCGCCAAGGGCUUCGCCGCCACGCACACGUACCUGUCGCAGCGCGUGUCGGCCGAGGAGAACGCCGACAACAUCAAGCGGGAGUGCGGGCUCCCCGAGGGCGCCGACGUCGUCAUCGACGCCACGGGCGCCGAGCCCAGCAUCCAGGCGUCUGUGCAUGUGCUCAAGAACGGGGGCCACUACGUCCAGGGGGGCAUGGGCAAGGCCGACAUCACCUUCCCCAUCAUGGCGUUCGCCGUCAAGGAGGCCACCGCCCACGGCUGCUUCCGCUACGGCAGCGGAGACUACAAGCUUGCCGUGGAGCUGGUGGCGAGCGGUAAGAUCGACGCCAAGAAGUUGAUCUCACAGACUGUGCCGUUCGAGAAGGCACUGGAGGCGUUUGAGAAGGCGAAGGGGGGACAGGCUAUUAAGAUGUUGAUUGCUGGGCCGAAUGAGAAGAUUGAGGGCUGA